UGGCUGCAGCAGGAGGAGCAGGGGACAGCAGCUGAUUCAGUUUCACAGCCGCAGACCUGCACAGGAGCACAGUCAAGUCAACAGCUGCAGACAGAAGACAAUGUCGUUGAGGAACGAGUCAUUGAGACUUUCGUACCCAGCUUUCUUCUGCUGAAGACCUGCCAAAAAGUGCACCAACAACAACUCACUCCACUCACAACCAAGGGAUAUUUGAAUCCUGUUGCUGUUUGCAUAAACUAAAGUAGACCUUGUUGGAUUCCUGCAAAUGCACCUUUUUAUUGUCAUUGCUUAAGCUUCCCAGUUCCUCCUACCUUGUGGAUUUGUUGUUCCCUGCCACUAUAUUCUCACUAUGGAUUCUCAAAGACCUGCGCCUCUGUUGGAUCCAAGUCUUCAACACAGUCACCACCAACACUUCGGAUUAGAAGCUCAGGAGGAGGGUCUAACCUGGGGGGUAGUUUGACUCUGCCUUUCUAGCACUAGUGUCUUUUCUCUCUCUGUCUGUCUUUCCCCCUGUGGAGUAUUGGCCCAGCUACCCAAAGUUGAUAUGGAUGGGAGGACUGACGGUUGGUUACAAUCCACAGCUUGGAUGAUUAUGUUGUGGACUUCUUUCGCUCGCCUUUUUUCCACAGCACCAUAAGAGUUAUCAUCUGAAAGAUGGGAAAGAGACAUUGCAACUAUUCUACGUGUUGCUUACUUCUGAAGUCAUGGCGAUAUCUCCCACCUGAUCAUACAACAUAAGUUGUGUUGUGUUCUUUCUUUCUUUCAUUCUUUUUUUCAUGAAAAUAUAUUCGUACAGAUAAACUGCAGCAUCUUUUUGUGCUUAACUGCAGGCCCUAACGUAGGCCUGUUUGGCCUCACAGAAGGGCCUCUUUAAGAGGCACAAGGGGGGCACGUAAGAAAUUUGGCAUGGCAGCAGAUCACGGCGAGCUGCUGGCUGAGAUGGCCACGAUCGGGCGUCUGAGUGCCACAGAGCGCCUAAAACACGCCCAGAAGCGUCGUGCUCAGCAGCUGAAGGGCUGGGCGCAGAUGGAGAAGGAUGCAACACGAGGGUCAAGGGCCAAAGCAGACAAGAAGAAGCCACGCACAACCAAAAUUAAAUUUCCAAAUGCCAUCACCCUGCUAGAUGCAUCUGCACGCAAUGACUUGGAGGAGGUGAGGGAGCUGCUAAACGGCGGCGUCAGCCCAGAUCUAGUCAACGAGGAUGGACUGACAGCCCUACAUCAGUGCUGCAUUGAUGACUUUGUGGAGAUAGUGCAGUGCCUGCUGGAUGCUGGUGCCUGUGUGAAUGCCUGUGACAGUGAGCUGUGGACACCGCUGCAUGCUGCUGCCACCUGUGGGCACACUGGACUGGUGCAGCUCCUGAUUCAGGCUGGGGCUGACCUGCUGGCAGUUAAUGCGGAUGGCAAUAUGCCCUAUGACCUCUGUGAGGAUGAGGCCACCCUUGAGCUGCUGGAGAUGGUUAUGGCUGAACAGGGGAUAACUCAGGACCGUAUAGAUGAAUGUCGAGGGGCUAAAGAGGCGGCCAUGCUGGCUGACAUUCAGGGUCUGGUUCAGAACGGAGCAGAUUUAAACGCUCAGGAUGAUAAUGGAGCAACACUGCUCCAUAUAGCAUCUGCUAACGGCUACAUGUCUGUGGCCGAACUGUUGCUAGAGCACAGGGCUCAGGUGGAGGUUAAGGACUCUGAUGGCUGGACGCCACUACACGCCGCCUCCUGCUGGGGACAUAUCCAAAUGGUUGAAUUGUUGGUGGCCCAUGGUGCAAGUUUAAACACAAAGUCUGUUCUGGAGGAGACGCCUCUGGAUGUAUGUAUGGAUGAAGAGGUCAGAGCCAAACUGAUGGACCUGAAGCACAAACAUGAUGCCAUCAUGAAGAGCCAGGACCGCCAGAAGGGCACACUGCAAAGACGGGCCUCUAGUACAGGAAGCAGAGGUAAGGUGGUACGUCGCGUUAGUGUGAACGAGCGCUCCAGUCUGUACCGGCGGGAGCACCACAAAGAGGCCAUGGUGUGGCAGGAGCGCGGCCGGCAACCAGAGCCACAGGACGACGAUGAGGACAGACAAACGGACAAUGAGCUGCACCAGCAUGCCACUAUAAUUGCUGGCGACGGAGCCGCGUCACGUUUAGAGCAACUGGAAGCUGUAGACAGGAAUAUUGUGUCCAGCCUGGGUAACGGGGGGACCUCGGUUUCUCUUGCCUCCUCUGUACCUGGCGAGCUGUGGAGUGGUGGAGGUCGCAUGGAUCGUAGCGCCUCCUACCAGCUCAGCCCCGCAUCUGGAGCCGGGUUGGGGUCUGCAGAGGGCGAGGGGGCGGACAGUAUGACACGGGAGAAAUCACACCACACCCUGGCUGACCUAAAACGCCAGCGGGCAGCUGCCAAGCUCAAUAAGUACCCAGCACCUCAGCCACCCCUGCCCCCCUCCUUAGAGGAGGAGCCUUCUGUGGCAGCAGCCGAGGCAACAACCACGCAGUCCCGACCAGAGCGCCAAAUGACCCCCAACGCAGAGGAGGUGGCCUCCCCUAAUCAGGUGUACUUCACCCCAGCCAGUGGAGAUCCUCCGCUGCUGAAACUCAGAGCCCCUGAGGAGGACCCGCCUAACAAUAAGGAGCCUUGCUGUGGACUCAUGUAGACAGCCUGACAGAGUAGAGUAGAGAAGCUGGGAAUGUUACGCUCUAAAGUGGCAAAAACCUUUCAAAACAGACAUGUUUGAAAUGAAUCACUGAAGACUGUAAGUUACGGCCACAUGCCAAUGAGGGUUUGAUCCACACUGCAUUUCAGAGAGCUGAAGUGCAGUCUUUGUGCUUUAUUUAAGCCUAACCAUAUUUUUUUGAUAAACAUGAUGCACACUUUACACUAGCAUUUCCUGUUGCUUCCUCUUCUUUGCUGCAUAUUUGCUGGACGUCAGGUGUCCAUUUAGUGACUCAGAGGAGAAUUACAGAUUCCAGUGUUGUGGUCACAGGCAAAGAUUUACUUUGCUCAGUCUUUGUUCGUUACUUUACUCAUCACUUGCUAUACUACUCAACUACCGUAGAUUGACAUUUCAUUGAAUAGCCUUUGAGUCGUGUAAAAGUUGAAUUAUCCAUGAAAAGCUGAGUGAAAUGUAAUCUCAGGAGAGCUCAGAUGAUGAUUUAAAUAAAGAAAGGUUGAAGUUCUGUUUUCUUUACUGAGUGCUGUGACAGGUACGUGAUCCACAUUUGCAUAGAUUUAAAUUAUACACAAGAUGUUUUUUGUCAUUGGGAGAUUGAUCAUGAUAGUUACAGUAUACACUAUAGUUAUUCUGAAUUUACAUUUGCACAAAGAUCUAAAAAAGGACUGUUUCCUUGCUUGAUUUUUAUAUUUUUUUCUGUGACAGAAAAUAUACUGAAGUUUCCAGUGCACAAAAAGCCUACAUUUCAAUAUUGGUAACGCAACUUGUACUUUAAGUGUUUGUCUCUAAAUGAAUGUGAGCUAAUCUGUAUUUAAAUCUAUAUUACUCAGUCCAUCAUUAUCACUUCUAGAUUUCUAUUUUUCUGUCACUAUUUCUAUUUUUCUACCCUCUGAAUGGAAUCGCUUAUUUAUUCUGACACUGAAUAUGGCUUACAGUGUACAGGUCAUCUACCCUUUUCUUUUUUUGUUUCUCUUUUUCUUUUUUUUAAAAGAUAAAAGCAUAAAGACAUUUAUCAAAAAGAUGAUAUAUCGUUUUAUUGUCAAAUCAAGUAAACUUGUAAUACGAUUAUUUGUCAAAGGAUGGUGCCUUCUUUAGGUGGCAGAUUUGAUAUAGGCUUGCAAUGCUUGCACAAAGUCCCACAUGUAAAUUAGUGAGCGGUGGGAUACAAUGAUCUAUCAGACAUGGACUCCAACGUGAUGUGACAUCACGGCACUCUCAUUUCUGUAUUGCAUUUCAGUUUUGCUCGAUUUUUACUGAGCCCUGUUUAGAAAAACAAAAUAUAAAAACAUGUUUUGACAAA